UUUAAGGUAUUUAAAUUUUAACAAGAGAUUAAACGACGUGAUAUUCGUAAACCAUAUAUUGUUGUGUAACGUAUUUGAGACUCUCAAUGUGUGCCUGUGUGUGUGUGUGUGUGUGUAUUAUUCUGUGUAAUUCAGCUCUUAUUUACAAGUAAAUGUGGAACUGCUUGAAGGAAAAUAAGAAAUGAAUCGUUUUAUAUUCUGCCUCAUGGUAUUACACCAGCUUCCUUUGCCAAGUUUUGGACAAACUUUAGAAAAUGUGACAAAACUAUAUGACGAUCUUUUCAGUAGUUACAGGAGAAAUAUCAUACCUAUGAACAAUCAUUCAGAACCAAUAGAAAUUUCACUGGCUUUCUAUUUAUUAUCUAUUAAUUCUUUUAGAGAGAUCGAGGAAACGCUAGUCCUAACAGGAGGAUUAUCAGUGAUAUGGAAAGACGCAUCAUUAUCAUGGAAUCCUGAAGAUUAUGGAAAUACAUAUUCAUUGGAAGUGGAUUCCACAGAUAUAUGGAUACCGUGGAUUUAUCUGAUAAAUAAUGCAAAAGAAUUUGAACCUGUUGGUUUUGAUUCUGCUUUUAGAGUAUAUAUAAAUAGCAGCGGAUUUGUUCAAUAUUCUCCAGGAAGUAUUUUAGAAGCAAAAUGCCAAACUGAUAUUUCAACAUUUCCUCUUGAUACCCAGCCAUGCCUAUUGGAAUUUCUCACGUGGAGUGGACAUGCUGGUACUUACAAAUUAAUAUCGUCAUUCAAUGAAGUUAAUUUAGAUUACUACACAAAGAACUCAAAUUGGGAGGUAAUAACUGGAGACACCUAUGCACAGCUAGACCCAAGAGGUUAUUAUAGGUUUUUUAUGAGCCUAUCAUUAAAACGCGAACCAGUGUAUUAUAUAGUAAUGAUUGUCCUACCAACUAUGUUACUGUCAUUACUCAAUCCACUAGUGUUUCUACUUCCGGUAGAAUCAGGAGAACGUAUAUCCUUAGCGAUGACAGUACUUUUAUCGUACGCCAUAUUUUUAACGCUUGUUUCAGCAUCAAUCCCAGCAUCCUCUAAUCCUAUGUGUUUCCUGUUGAUUGUUAUGAUUAUCAUCAUGUUGAUCAGUGGACUCACAGUAGUGGCUGUCAUUAUAACCACUAAGGUAUACUAUCAGGAAGAAUAUUUCCCUGGAAGGAUUGUGAAAUUUUUCCUUUACAAGAAGACAAGGAAUCAGGAUGUAACUCCUAUAGGUUGUGAGAAAAAAGAAAACCAAUUAUUAAAUGGAAAAAAUGUAUCUAAUUUUCUUGACAAGUUGUUUUUAUUUUCUUCAUAUGUAAUUAUUGUAAUAAUUCUUGUGGCGUUCUUUCUGUAUGUAAAUGUAUAGAUACUGUUAUAGACUAGAUAAAUUAACAUUUAAAAAAUCACCCAUUAAGGACAAUAUAACAAUAAUCAUUCGUCAUAUUGUUGAAGACUGUAGGUUGACCUGUAGAUGUCUUUUGGUUUUAUAUCUAUCAUCCUUUAUCUUCUGAAAUAGACCCCAAAAAGUUAUUUAAAGCUUCUUUCGUAAAGAAAACGAGAUUUGAAGUCAGAACUGUAUGGUGAGACAUUUAACUGCUAUUCAAAUAAUAAAAUGAAUUGACCCUUCCUGAUAUCUUCAAUCAAUAUUUGUGUUUUUUAAA